CGCCCGCAAUUCCUUGUCAAGAUUUAAGCAACUUUUGUCAUAGUCAAAAAAUAGACAAUGUGCACUUCCAAAUAAAACCUUUUAAAGAUGAGAUAACUGUGACUAUUGAGACGGUCUGUGAAAUUAUAUAUUUCAUUUUGGACAGUGCCAAUCAUCCUUUAUACCUACAUUGCCUUGAAGGCACUCAAGUGACUGGGCUUCUAGUAAUGUGCUUAAGAAAAAUUCAAAAAUGGGAUGCUCCAUCUAGAAUUAAUGAGUUUUUAAGGUUUAAUUCUAUGGAGCACUCAGAAUCUAAGUUUGUUGAAAAACUAACUCACGUUUCUGUGCCUUCUUGUACUCCUUUAUGGCUUUGGAAUGGGCAGAAAUUAAAGGAACAUCCACUUUUAAAACUGAGUUACUGCCACAAUAAUAAAGACGAGAUGCACGAAAUUGAAAGAGAAAGCAUAAAAGAAUUAUUUCUACGUGAAGUAGAUCAGCGUGAGCAAUUUAGAGAAUCAAGAAUUCAAGAAAAGGAGUAUUCUCACUCCGUAAAGGCUUUAGCCCUCGAGGGCGCCUCGCCAUACUUUUCCUGCGCUACUAAAAAGUAAAUUGCUUAUAACGAAAUGGAGUUAAUAAUUUAAUCUUUUAAAAAGG